CUCUUCCUCCUCCUCCUCUUCUCAUCUCCAGGGAACCGUUUCUUCCUGACGUCGUUCGGGGCCCUGUACAUAUCAGAGGUCCAGAAGGAAGAUGCCCUGUCCACCUACCGCUGCAUCACCAAGCACAAAUACAGUGGAGAGACUCGCCAGAGCAAUGGAGCCAGGCUGUCUGUUAUGGACCCUACGGAGUCCACCCCCUCAGUGUUGGACAGUUUCCAGUCCGGGGAGGUCCAGGUGGGGCGUAAUGUGGAGCUUCCCUGCAUUGCCUCGGGGUAUCCCAACCCCACCAUCCGCUGGCUGAAGGACGGACGCCCGUUGCCCGCCGACUCCCGCUGGACGCGCCGUCUCACGGGCCUGACGGUCAGCGACCUGCGUCUGGGCGACAGCGGCAACUACAUCUGCGAGGUCACCAACAGCUUCGGCUCUAAAGAGGUGACCGGUCAUCUCAACGUCAUCGAGCCGUUGAGAGUGACUCUAUCUCCUAAGAACCUGAAGACUGGCAUCAGCAGCACGGUGAUCCUGUCGUGUGCCGUGCAGGGUUCUCCCCACUUCACCCUGUCCUGGUACCGCAACACAGAACCCGUCCUCUCCGACCAGCACUUCUCCAUCCAGGGGGCCCACAAUGAGACCCUGUUCAUCUCCGCUGCCCAGAAGAGACAUUCGGGAGCCUACCAGUGCUUCGCCACCCGAAAGGGCCAGACCGCACAGGACUUCUCCAUCAUACUGCUGGAGGAUGGUACGCCCCGCAUCGUGUCCUCCUUCAGUGAGCGUGUGGUGGUCCCGGGGGAACCCUUCUCCCUCAUGUGCGCUGCCAAAGGCGCCCCUCCCCCCACCAUCACCUGGACUCUGGAUGAUGAGGCUGUGGCCAGGGACCCGUCCCGGGUGAGGGCCAGCCAGUACACGCUGUCGGACGGCUCCACCGUGUCCCACGUCAACGUCAGCAGCCCGGAGAUCCGCGACGGAGGGGUGUAUCGCUGCGCCGCACGCAACUCGGCCGGUAGCGCCGAGUACCAAGCGCGCAUAAACGUAAGAGGUUCUCCCAGGAUCAGGGAUAUGCGUAACAUCACGGCGGUGGCUGGGAGGAACACCUUUAUAAACUGCCGUGUGAUUGGCUAUCCCUACUACUCAAUCAAGUGGUACAAGGAGGGACUUCUGCUGCCCGACAACCAUCGUCAGGUGGUGUAUGAGAACGGUACUCUGAAGCUAAGUGACGUCCAGAAGGUCUUGGACGAGGGGGCGUACCUCUGCAGCGUGCUCAUUCAACCACAGAUCUUCAUCAGCCAGACCGUCUACGUCCAGGUCAAAGUGCCCCCUCUGAUCCAACCCUUUGACUUCCCCCCCACCUCCAUUGGGAAGCUCAUGUACAUCGCCUGCGUGGUGUCGUCUGGCGACAUGCCCAUCCACAUCACCUGGCGUAAGGACGGCCAGGAGAUCGUGCCCUCGUCCGGCGUCAACAUCGAGACCAAGGAGUACAUGAGCUCGUUGCAGAUCGGCAAGGUGUCGCUCAAGCACAACGGCAACUACACCUGCAUCGCUAGCAACGACGCCGCCACCGUCAGCUCUGAGAGGCAGCUCACUGUCACAGUGCCGCCUCAGUUUGUGGUCCAGCCCAAUAACCAGGAUGGUAUCUACGGCAAGGCGGGGGUCCUCAACUGCUCCGUGGACGGAUACCCGCCUCCCAAAGUCAUGUGGAAGCACGCCAAAGGUACAGGGAACCCCCAGCAGUACCACCCAGUGCCUCUGACCGGUCGGAUCCAGAUCAUGGGGAACGGCUCCCUGCUGAUCCGUCACGUCCUGGAGGAGGACCGGGGCUACUACCUCUGUCAGGCCUCCAACGGCGUGGGCUCCGACAUCAGCAAGAGCAUGGUCCUGACCGUCAAGAUCCCAGCAAUGAUCACGUCGCAUCCCAACACCACCAUGGCCAUUAAGGGCCAGAUUAAGGAGCUGAACUGCACAGCAAGGGGGGAAUGGCCUAUCAUCAUCCGUUGGGAGCGUGGUGACACGGUCAUCGACCCUGACCGUAACCCUCGCUACGCCAUCACCACCAGCCCCAACGAGAAGAGUGACGAAGUAUUGUCUACGCUGAAGCUGAAGCCAGCAGAGCGAGGUGACUCGGUCUUCUUCUCCUGCCAUGCCAUCAACUCAUAUGGAGAGGGCCGGGGCCUCAUCCAGCUCACUGUGCAAGAGCCCCCAGACCCUCCAGAGUUGGAGGUGAGGGAGGUGAAGGAUCGGAGUAUGAACCUGCGCUGGACCCAGAGAUUUGACGGCAACAGCAUCAUCACCAGCUACGACAUUGAGUACAAGAACAAGACCGAUCCGUGGGAGUUGAAGCAUGCCACCCGUAAGAUCUCUCCCACCAAUAAUCAGGCCAACAUCGUGGAUCUGCACCCUGCCCAAGUCUACAGCAUCCGUAUGUUCUCCUACAACAAGAUCGGACACAGUCAAGCCAGCAAGGAGCUCACCAUCAGCACAGAGGAAGCACAGCCGGAUGGUCCUCCUAUGGAGGUUUUCCUCCAGCCUAUGACCUCACAGAGCAUCCGCGUCACCUGGAAGGCCCCCAGGAAGGAGCUUCAGAACGGGGUGAUCCGGGGUUACCAGAUCGGUUACCGUGAGAACGGGCCGGGCAGUAACGGCCAGUAUAGCAUCGUGGAGAUGAAGGCUACGGGGGACAGCGAGGUGUACACCCUGGACAACCUGAAGAAGUUUGCCCAAUAUGGAGUGGUGGUCCAGGCCUUCAACAGGGCCGGCACAGGCCCGUCCAGCUCUGAGAUCAACGCUACCACACUGGAAGAUGUGCCCAGCCAGCCGCCCCAGAACGUGCGGGCCAUCUCGGUGACAUCAGACGAGGCGGUAAUCACGUGGGCGGAGCCCCCGCGUCUGACACUACACGGCGUGCUGAAGGGUUACCGUGUGGUCUUCUGGUCCCUCUUCCCCGACGGAGAAUGGGGCGAGAUGCAGAACAUCACGACAACUCGUGAGCAGGUGGAGCUGAGAGGGCUGGAGAAGUUCACUAACUACAGUGUGCAGGUGCUGGCCUACACACAGGCUGGGGACGGGGUCAGGAGUAAUGUCCUGUACAUCCAGACCCGCGAGGACCACCCUGGCCCCCCGGCUGGCAUCAAAGCUGUGCCUUCUUCCACCAGCAGUGUGGUGGUUUCCUGGCUACCCCCGCACAAGCCCAAUGGAAUCAUCCGCAAGUACACCAUCUACUGCUCUAGCCCCGGAUCAGGCCAACCGGCCCCCAGUGAGUACGAGGCCAACCCCGAGCUGCUGUUCUACCGGGUCACCCACCUGAACCGGGGACAGCAGUACCUCAUCUGGGCCGCCGCCGUCACCACCGCCGGACGGGGGAACAUCAGCGACAAGGUCACUGUGGAGCCUGCUGGGAAGGCCCCAGCUAAGAUCCUAUCGUUCGGAGGUACAGUGACCACUCCCUGGAUGAAGGAGGUGAGGCUACCCUGCAGCUCAGUGGGCGAACCCACCCCCACCAUCAAAUGGACCAAAGACAGUGAGGACACAGCCAUCCCGGUAACUCUGGACGGUCAGAGGCUCAUCAUGGCCAAUGGCACGCUGGUCCUGCGCUCGGUGAAAGCUGAGGAUUCUGGGUACUACACGUGCACGGCCACCAACACGCUGGGCUUUGACACCAUCAUUGUCAACCUGCUGGUGCAAGUUCCUCCAGACCAGCCCCGUCUGACUGUCUCCACCACCUCCUCCACCUCUAUCACCCUGGCCUGGAUCCCCGGGGACAACGGAGGAUCCUCCAUCAGAGGUUUCGUGCUGCAGUACUCGGUGGACAACAUAGAGGGGUGGAGGGAUGUGUUCAUCAGUUCCAGUGAGAGGUCCUUCAAGCUGGACAACCUACGCUGUGGCACCUGGUACAAGGUCAAACUGGCCGCCAAGAACAGCGUGGGAGCGGGACGCAUCAGUGAAAUCAUCGAGGCUAAGACCCACGGACGAGAGCCCCAGUUCAAUAAGGACCAUCCGGUGUUCACCCACGUCAACUCUACCCACGCCCGGCUCAACCUGCAGGGCUGGGCGAGCGGUGGCUGCCCCAUCACGGCCGUGCUGCUGGAGUUCAGACCUAAGGGGAACUGGGCGUGGCAGAGCGUGCGCACCAACGCCACGGCCGACGUGUUCCUGGCUGAGCUCCGCGAGGCCACCUGGUACGAGCUGAAGAUGAAGGCGUGUAACAGCGCCGGCUGUGGGAACCAGAGCUCUCAGUUCGCCACGCUGGACUACGACGGCAGUACCAUCCCUCCCAUCAAGUCAGCGCGGCCCGAAGGCGACGACGUCAAGAAGCUCUUCUCCAUCGGCUGCCCCGUCAUCCUGGUCACUCUGGUCGUCGCCCUGCUCUUCAUCAUCCGCAAGAAACGCAAAGAGAAGAGACUGAAGAGACUGAGAGAUGCCAAAAGCCUGGCUGAGAUGCUGAUCAGUAAGAAUAACCGGAGCUUUGACACCCCUGUGAAGGGGCCCCCUCAGGGCCCACGACUUCACAUCGACAUCCCCAGAGUCCAGCUGCUCAUCGAGGAUAAGGAAGGCAUCAAACAGAUCGGUGAAGACAAAGCCACCAUCCCAGUGACGGACACAGAGUUCAGCCAGAACGUGAAUCCACAGAGCUUCUGUACGGGCGUGUCUGUGCAUCACCCCGCCCUCAUCCAGAACACCGGCCCUCUGAUUGACAUGUCUGACAUCAGACCAGGGACAAACCCGGUGUCGAGGAAGAGCGUGAAGUCGACCCACAGUACGAGGAACCGCUACUCUAGCCAGUGGACCCUGACCAAGUGCCAGUCGUCCACACCCGCCCGUACCCUCACCUCCGACUGGCGCACCGUGGGCUCCCAGCAUGGCAUCACCGUCACCGAGAGCGACAGCUACAGCGCCAGCCUCUCACAGGACACGGAUAAGGGGCGUAACAGCAUGGUGUCCACAGAGAGCGCGUCCUCCACCUAUGAGGAGCUGGCGCGGGCCUACGAACACGCCAAGCUUGAGGAGCACCUGCAGCACGCCAAGUUUGAGAUCACCGAGUGCUUCAUCUCCGACAGUUCCUCAGACCAGAUGACCACGGGCACCAACGACAACGCCGACAGCAUGACCUCCAUGAGCACGCCGUCCGAGACGGGCCUGUGUCGCUUCACCGCCUCGCCACCCAAACCCCAGGACUACGACCGCGGCAGACCUACCAACGUGGCCGUGCCCAUCCCCCACCGCGCCAACAAGAGCGAGUGGACUGGCAAAAGUGACUACUGUAACCUUCCCCUCUACAUGAAGACAGACCCAUUCUUCCGGAAGCAGUCGGAGCUGCGUGACCCCUGCCCGGUGGUUCCGCCCCGCGAGGCCUCCAUCCGCAGCCUGGCCCAGCGGGCGUACCACUCCCAGGGCCGCCACAUGACUCUGGACUCCUCCAAGCAGCAGCAGGCUCUGACUGUGGGCCACGCUGGCCUGGCCGGCCUCAGCGCCUCAGGAGGAGCAUCAGGGGGUGGAAGCGGUGGUGCUGUAGGAGGGGCAACUGGAGGGCCGUCUGGUGGUUCCAGCACCUCCUCCCUGCCCCAGAGGACUCUCACCAUGCCCGGCUCCUCCUCUUCCUCUGCCCAGAGCGCUGCAGCCGCUACCGACGCAGCCAGCGGGGGAGCCACGGGGGGAGACUCCAGAGACUCUCUGCUGGAGAGCAGCUCGUCAGGCCUGGGCAGACUAGACAGACAGAAGCAGGCGGCUGGCGGGGCCUACUCCAAAUCUUAUACACUGGUGUAGCUGGAGCCACUGGCGUGGAUGUUGGAGCCUUGGGAAGGGUUAGGGGCCACACAGACACACGUACACACACCUGACUCCUGCACUGUCAGGCCAGUGGGGCCGCUCGGCAGGGGCCAGAUUGGGCUUUUAUAGCACAGGAGUUUGUCUUCUUUCUGCCUUCUUUCUCUCUUCCUCUUCCUCUCUCUCUCUAUUGUUUUGUUUUACCUUCCCUGGAAAUAACUCGCUGAACUCAAUAUCAUUUUUAGAUUUGUUUUUGCAAACUUUUUUUCUCUCUCUCUCACUCUCCCACUAUCCCUCUCUCUCUCUCUCUCUCUCUUUCUCUCUCUCCAGUUAUCUGUUGAGAAACCUCAGAACUUAUGCACAAAAUGCUUUCCAUGUGCACUUGGUUUUAAAAAAAUUCAGAACGGUGAAUGAUAAAUCAAGUACUAAGAGAUGUAGUUUCACAUAAACCUGUCUCGGUGUUUUAGGCCGUUUUUCGUGUUUCUUUUCACGUCUCUGAACAGAGAGUUCAGAGUUCGUACAGCAGCGCAUUGCCACGGAAAGUGCUUAUGCAUAAAGCAACAACCUUGGUCUCUGGCCCUCCAAAGCCAUCCUGGUACGGACUCACACAAACAGGUAACAGAUUGUGGUUCCCACAAUGAUGUUGGUGGAGCCUUGGUGACUUUUUUUCAUGCAAUUCAUGACACAGUAUAGAGUGUCACUGACUAUUUUAUAGAACAACAGGAAACAGAGCGAGGGGGGGGGGGGGGGGUAAAACAGGAAUCAUCUUCACACGAAAGAUGAAUCUGAACCGUAUUUUUUUGAAUCUUUGCUUUUCUCUUUUGGAAUAUAUAAACUGAUGUGCAUUAAAAGAGGGUGGAAUGGAUUCACAGAACCUUCACGAGCCUGCGUGUGUGCGUGUAUAUGUGUAAAUAUAUAUGUAUACAUGUGGCUGGCACACACCUGCAGUGGACCUUUCUAAUCAAUCUGUAUGCUGACUCCUUGGCGGAGGCGUGCGUUAAAAAGACUCCUGUCCAUUUGCUACUUGUGACAGUGGUUUGGGGACGAUGAUGUCACACUGUAUGACGUCACAUGUCGGUCUCUCCCUUCUGGACUUUGGUUGGCCCGGUGUGAUUGACACUGGCAGCGUCGCCUUGGAGAUGACGAGGAAGAUGGACAGAGAGAGAGGGAGUUGAUUUGCCGUUCAUUAGAGGCGCAGGGGUGAAAUGACCACCCCUCCUCUUGGCCCCUCUCUGUCAUUCUCUCCAAUCCCCUGAAGCAGGAAGGAAACCCUUUGCUCUGUCGUUCAUUUGCGCUUGGUGCCACACACCCCCAUUCCUCCAUACCCCACCCCUCUUGUCUACCCAUACACUUCCAACCCACCACACCACACCCCCAUCCUCCAUACCCCACCCCAUCCACAUAGUCUCACUGUGACCUUCUAGCACACUCUGCUAGGCAGGCAGACAUUUAAUGACAAUACUUGGGACUGACUGACAAAUGGACUGUAGGCCAACAGACGGACAGACAGACUGACAAAAGAUGAACUCGACAGAAAGAUGUAUGGAUGAACAGAUUUCAGAUUGAAACAGAGGAGAAUGUACGUGAAAAUGCAGCGAGGACCGUUGGUUUGCAGGGAGAGAUGGAUAGAUAAGACAUAACAGCAGUGUAAGUGUUUAGGGAAGGAUGAAAGAGAUGGCAGGUGGACAUGAGUUAGUCUUUUGAAAUGAGGUGGUCUCAAGAAGAAAUCGGUUAUCUAAGGCCCCCCAUCCCACGAAAAUCUAUUGAAGCUGAUUGUCGGUUUCUGUUGGCGUUCCUUUCUUUCUUUCUUUUCUUUAUUCUAAACCCAAAGCUUAGCCCCAUGACAAAGAAAUGCCCCCCCCCCCCCCCUGGAAAAAUGGAACAUUUCACAUCAGGGCUCUCGCAAUAUAAAAAAAAAAUAUAUAUCAUAUUUGUUGUAAAAAAUAUGUACAUAUAUAUUUAUAUCGAAAUAUAUCGAAAAUAUAUAACUAUUAAAUAAAGCAGAGUGAUAUAAAGUCAUCGUAAUUGACAAUAGAUAAAAAUAUAACUCAUGAGACAAUCGCACAGUGGAAGCCGCCGCGGGUUAAGAGGAAGAGUGGAGGAAGAGGAGAACGGGAAACGGCUAGCACAACCAAGAAAGAUAUAGAUAGAUGAAAUUGAGCGUUAGCGACGGUAUCAGAGGCCGAGUUUGGGAAUGUAAACAUUGAUGCCAUGGCCUCAUGGUCGUUUCCCCCUCUGCCAGGUACAUAGGUAGCUACAGUGCACGAACAGAAGUACAUCAAACAUGCCAGUCAGGAUGUAAACCUAAGUAUAUUCUGUAAGUAGUUAAGGCGCAGUGAUGGGUAGUACCUGAGCCAGUGAGCCUGGUUGCAAUCUAAUGCAGUCUAGUUGCAUUUUGUAAUGGCUUGUGUCAGAAUGGCUCGUGUGUCAGUGAACCCCAUGGCAGCCAGUGUGGUUACUGUGUUUAAUAACAUCAGACCUGUCGUUGAUUUGGUUUGGAGUUGCCUCUGUGGUGGAGAGUAGACGACAAAGCGGUUGUUUUGGGGUCAUAGUGGCUUUUGUGGUCAGUGAGGUAACGUGCAUUCAUUGUGGUCAGCAAGACCCUCUUUUAAGUGCACCUGUAGAAAGGGUGAGGGACAUCACUCACAGAUAAAAGAACGAUUUCAGGGAACCUUUAACCGUUUAUAAGCACUAGUUAGUGAGCGGUACAGUAGCUUCAGCACUGAGUCACAAAGCUUAGGCAACAUCCCGUGUUGUUUUCAGUUUAGAUUCUAACCCUGGCACAACUAACCCUGGCACAUGAGGAUUCAGGUAACAGUAGUGGGCCAUGCCACAGUGCCAACCCACAUUCUUAUUGUGUACGUCCCCAAAUCUAAGGCCAACUUAGACGUAUGACCCUACUUCAGGUGUUAAGAGAAUACAACUGGUAGAAACAAAUGGAACCUGUUGUAUUGUACCUUCCGAAGGUGUGUUCUGUUGACAACCUCCAUGACGUCUCAUGACUGAACUUAGUGAAGACAGCACAUAGUGACCUCUGUGUCUUACCGUUGUCAUUAUGUCCGUGCACAGCACUCCUAUUCCGGACAUACAUAUAACUGUUAUAACUGCUCAUAACUGACAACACUCACGCUCCUCCCUGCCUGUUGCAGACAGUGAACAGGACAGGGAGAGUCUGCAGAGAGAAGAACUUUUCCUUUCCGUUGAUAUUUUUAUGGUACUGUUUAUUUUGUUUUUGGCUUCCUUGGUUAUGCAAUUCUUUUGAAACGUGUUGCUUUGAGACACACGGUGGUGUCACGGGAAGGGGCAGGCCUGUCUAGCCAAUUGAAAUCAGGGACUCCCUAGCUCCAACCAAUCCCAGGAAAAGCUGUGUGCAUGUUGGACGGGGUCAGGAAUCAAACUCCCCACCCCACCUUUGCCCCAACCUAUUUGACCAAUCAGACCCUCAGUUACACCUGGUAAUAACGUGUCCUGUGAUCAGAUUUGACCCCAAAAUGUCUACUCCAGCCCAAUUUGAUUGUGUGUGACCGGAUGUGACCACAGAUCCAUUGCCAGGACACAUGUUAAUAUCAGGUCUCAAGGGGGUCUCAGAUUCCCCCCUACCUGCACCUCCUGCCCCAACAGCAUUGCUACCCCACUAUUAAAGACUCUUGUACAUAGCAAAGUGUUUUGUAUAAAUAAGUACUAUUUUCAACAUCUCCCAAUGAAACCAGGGCACAAUGUAAACUUUGAUUAAAGUUAUAACUUUAAACAGGAGAGGGUUAAAGAAAACUAUAGUAUUAUAGUAACACUACUUAGAAUUAGAUUUUUGAAUGGGGCAACAAAAAAAUCCAGAAUUGCUUUCACAAUUGGUUCCUCUUUUUCAAGAAUUUUUGUUGAGUUUAAAAUAUUGAUUUUCUUUCUUGUUCACUUUAAUUUAAUUUUUUUUUCUGUUGAGGAUAAACGGCAUUGCAUGCUCUGAAUUAUUUGUUGGGUAUGAAAAUAAAAAUGGAGAAACAAAUUUACAAAAAAGGGGUUAGGGAAAAAGUGUUUUAAAAAAUACAGAGAGAGUUCUUAAACUUUUAUGGAAAAUUUGCUUCAAUUUGCAAUUGCUUGUUUAACUCUACCGUUUUUUUUUUCUAUGAAAACAAACAAAACCAGAAAAAGAGUACUCCAACACCUUGUGCAAUAAAGCUAUCUUUCUAUGAA